CUCGGGUGGCGGCGGCUGCAGCGGCGCUGUGCGAGGACUCGGAGCUGACGGGACCGCCCCGACGGCAGCGGCAGCGGCUGGCGCGAAGAGGACGAGGGUCCGAGGUGUAAACACGGUCUUGACACGGCUGCGGGCGAGUUUCAGAAUGUCGGGUAUGGUAUCCUCCCGGAUCUUAAGUUCCGCCAGGAAGAGCGUCGCCACGUGGCGAGGGGGCAGACGUUCGUACUCAGGAUACGUCCUGCAGAGGAGUCUGAGAGGGAGGCUCUUUUCCCAGGCGCCACCCGCCUUACAAAGCAAAUUCCUGGGUGGUGGCUUUGCCCUCCAGAAAGCCUGCAGACACACGUCGACGACGGAGGAAGAGGAUUUGCACUUGCAGCUCGGCCCCGAGCAGGUAAAUGAAGUGCUUCGGGCCAGCGAGUUGGCCCACAAGAUUCUCAACCUCAACAGCGGAGCCCCGAAUUCAGUGUUGCGAUUUGAAAGCAACCAGCUGGCUGCCAAUUCCCCCGUGGAGGACCGGCGAGGCGUGGCCUCCUGCCUGCAGACCGACGGACUGAUGUUCGGGGUCUUCGAUGGACACGGUGGUCCCGCCUGCGCACAAGCCGUGAGCGAGAGGCUCUUCUACUAUGUGGCGGUGUCCCUGAUGUCCUACCAGACCCUGGAGCAGAUGGAGGGGGCCAUGGAAAACAUGAAGCCCGUGCUGCCCAUCCUGCAGUGGCUGAAGCACCCAGGGGACAGCAUCUACAAGAAUGUCACCUCGGUGCACCUCGACCACCUCCGCGUCUACUGGCAGGAGCUGCUUGACCUGCACAUGGAAAUGGGACCGAGCAUCGAAGAGGCAUUGGUACAUUCCUUCCAAAGACUGGAUUCUGACAUCUCGCUGGAAAUCCAGGCCCCUCUGGAGGACGAGAUGGCCAAGAACUUGUCGCUCCAGGUCGCCUUCUCUGGGGCGACAGCCUGCAUGGCCCACGUCAAUGGCGUGCACUUGCAUGUGGCAAACGCCGGUGACUGCCGGGCCAUCCUGGGUGUGCAGGAGGACAACGGCAGGUGGUCUUGUCUGCCCCUUACCCGUGACCACAAUGCCUGGAACGAGGCCGAGCUGUCCCGGCUGAAGAGGGAGCACCCCGAGUCAGAGGACAGGACGAUCGUCGUAGAUGACAGGCUGCUAGGCAUCCUGCUGCCCUGCAGGGCCUUCGGGGACGUUCAGCUCAAGUGGAGCCCGGAGCUGCAGCGCAGCGUCCUGGGGAGGGGCUUCGACACAGAGGCCCUCAACAUCUACCAGUUCACGCCCCCCCACUACCACACGCCCCCCUACCUGACUGCCAAGCCCGAGGUCACAUACCACAAGCUGAGGCCCCAGGACAAGUUCCUCGUGCUGGCCUCCGAUGGCCUGUGGGACGUGCUGAGCAACGAGGACGUGGUGAGGCUGGUGGUGGGGCACCUGGCCGAUGUGGGUCAGCAGCAGCCAGACCUGGCCCAGGGACGCACCAGCCUGGGGCGCCUGCAGAGCCUGCUGCUGCAGAGGAAAGCCAGCGGGCUCCCCGCGGCCGACCGAAAUGCCGCCACGCACCUGAUCAGACACGCCCUCGGCAGCAACGAGUACGGGGAGAUGGAGCCGGAGCGGCUGACGGCCAUGCUGACGCUGCCGGAGGACCUGGCGAGGAUGUACCGGGAUGACAUCACUGUCACUGUGGUCUAUUUUAACUCAGACUCCAUUGAUGCAUAUUACCGGGGCGGUUAAGAGCCUCCCAUCCUACGGCCAAGGCUAAUGUAAAUGCUCUUGAAAAUAUUUUCACGUAUGCUAUAAGCAAGCUGUUCAGACCUUACUGUUCUAAGGGCAGGCAGACGUAGCUUGCUGAAUAAUUGGCCAACACAAGGAGGUGGAGAAAAGCCUUGAUUGAAAACAAUAGCAGUGGUUUCCUUUGCGUUCUGCCUAACUACCCUCUGCAGAGGGCAGGCCUUGGAGGCUGUGUCUUUUGCCUCUCAUAAAGAGGCCCAAUGCUUGGCCGGCACCGUGGCUCAAUAGGCUAAUCCUCAGCCUGCGGCACCGGCACCCUGGGUUCUAGUCCCGGUCGGGGUGCCGUGAUUCUGUCCCGGUUGCCCCUCUUCCAGGCCAGCUCUCUGCUGUGGCCCGGGAAGGCAGUGGAGGAUGGCCCAAGUGCUUGGGCUCUGCACCCGCAUGGGAGACCAGGAGAAGCUCCUGGCUUCGCAUCAGCGUGAUGCAGCGGCCAUAGUAGCCAUUGGAGGAUGAACCAACGGCAAAAGGAAGACCUCUGCCUCUCUCACUGUCCACUCUGCCUGUCAAAAUUAAAAAAAAAAAAAAAAGAGGCUGAACGCUGUCAGCCCAGGCCUGAGGAGGGGAAAUUUAAUCAUGAUUCCAAGAAGAAAAACUGCAGGCUCUUCCUGCAAAAAUUGGGCCUCUUCCGAGGCCCAGCUGCAAAAACCGGCAAAUUGGAUCACUUUCUUGACCAUUUCUAGGCAACCAAGUUUUUGUUUUCAUUUUUUUUUUAAGUCCUAAAGCUUAAGUCUACAACGCAUACUACAGCACACUUGUCUUUGUUGUGACAAUCUCUGUUGUGAGUGUGGACACAUUUUGUGAUACUGCAUUCCAGUUCCAUCUUCGCUUGAUUCCUGCAGCUUGGAGGCAGGCUCACCGCCAGCGUGACUGGGCCUGGCCCCCCCCGGGACCAGCUGAAUUCACUUCUACGGCUUUUGGUCCCCUCCACUGAGACACACCCCAGAAUCUUUGAGCCAUAGGUAACUUGUGUCUAAGCCUUAACUCUGAGCCCUCCCAGCGUUAGCAAAUCUCCUCCCUGACUUACUCUAGGGGUUGUGUAUGGCACCUAACCUUGCUGAUCGUACCUCUCAGACAUCCUCCUGUUCGUUCCACCUGUUCGUCCUACCUCUGCUCUGCUUCUGCCGGCACAGUAUGGCCUGGAGAGAAGCCUUCGCCUGUCCCCUCUCCAGACAGUUGCGGGCAAGUUGAUCAGAUGCUCUGGCACGUGGUGGUCCUGACGGGUGUUCGAGGCAGGACAGGUAUACGCUGCGGACGGCAGACUUGAGAGUCAGCCCGAAUCUGGAAAGGGGAAUUCACAAAGGGCCUCGGAACCAUCCCCAGCGGAAGCCUCUGUCUGCGUCGUGGGAGGCAGUGGGGAGGAGAGAGGCGUGUGGCUUACCAGAUGGGGCGCUUGUCGCUAGCCUGGAGAAAUGGGCAGUCCCGUUCCUCAGGUAUUACACUGUAUUUAGCCUGCCCAGCUGGGACAAAAACACAAGUGGAACUUAUCGUGGUUUCCGUGGGCCGCAAAGCCUGUGUUUACUUGAACAUUAAGCCAUGUGGAGCCUUUCGGGGGUGUGAAUCUCAUCUUAUGAAUUGCUGUGGCAUUGACACAACAGGAAAUGUGUCCCUAAAUGGAAACACAGCUAUAAUCCCACAGAACCGACAGUGUUGUUUUCCCGUAGCGCAUCAGGAAAAAGUCUUCAGUGUAGUUCAGCGACAUUACUCGAUCCCCUCUCACCCCCUCAUGCCACCCGCUGGAAAGAAAAGCAAAAUCGCUCGGUCUGGCUUCCUCAUUUCUGUCUGUGGUGCAGCUGACAGUUCAGGCAAGGGUUGGGAUCCUGCUCGCUUGGGGAUGUUUUUCUGUGCGUUUUCCAGUGCUAUUGUUCAGUGCUGUGGCUUCAGCUAGGAAAUCUCAAGUACUUGAGCUUAAGCCUUGGUCCCUUUGUCCAGCAACCAUUGUGGAUCUUCUAGACCUUAACUGAAAAACAAGACGUGAACCGCUACCAUCUGCUGGUGUGACAGUCUGUUGCUAGAACUGAGAACUCCACUUGUCUGGCGUCUUGCUCUUUGUUCUCUGUGCCAGCUAAGUCCCGGAGUGCCCUCGGAGCCUGUACUGGCGUAGAGCGUCUGCCUUCUCCUUUGAAGUCCAAGUCAUAAAUGUCUCUGAUUCAGUAACUCGUGGGGCAGCUGAGAGAACACAGACUUCGCACCUGUGUCUCCGAGCCUAUCUGUGUUUCUUCUCCGCCUGAUAGGUUUUCCUGCUUGCAAGCGGAUGUAUAGAGAAGAAAGGCCAAAUGAUCGCCCAUCCUUUUCCACUGUGAACUCUCAUUUCUUUCCACGAAUGCUCCAGGGAGCACUCCCUCCUCAUUAGGCUGCAGCGUAUCUGUCUCCUUGACCACGGCUCCGCUGUCGAUGGCCUUCAAUAAGCACGUGGGCUACUGUUUCCAGACACUGGUAUCUGAGAGGAGGCUGGUGGUCCUCGUCACAUCUUCCAAAGCACUUUCUCCUUUUACAUAGAGAUGUCCAUAUUGAGAGUUGUAAAAUGAACUAAAAGCUGAGAUUGAAUGCUUAAUAUUUUAGAUGCAACUUGAAGGAAGCAUGCUUUGGUGCUUAAAAUUGCUUAUUUAUUAUGUUAGCUAAGGAGCUUUGAUAAUAUUGGCAUCAUAUAUGAUCUUAUAUGUAAAUAAGUCUGGGGUCUGGGGAUUGGACAAAAUGGGUAGAGAAGAUGAUAUUAGUCCUAAAUUCAAGUUAGUGUGCCAGAUCCAGUGAUGUAAAUUCUACAUGUCGAGAUGAGCUCGGUGACAUCAGAGUCAGGAGUGCAUUAGGCCUGGAUCUCUCCGUUGAGACACUAUUGAAUUGGCAGCUUUCGCACAGAAGUGAAAACUAAGCAGCUCAAACAUGAGUUAAUUUGUGAAGAGUGUUGUUCUGUGCAACCAAAAAUUGUGCUCGGGGUGGGCUUGGCUUGGCUUUUUUGUUCAUUAGCCCCUGGUGGGCCCAGCUGCACUUGGGAUUUUUGGCUUUUGGGAAGACUUAAUUCCCCAGUUUGAACCAGAAUAUCCUGGAGUGGAGCCACCCCGGCUUCAUCCUGAAGUGGUUCAUUCGUCUCUGGAGCGGUGACUCUUGAGGCUAAGGGCAGCAGGUGCAGCCUGUGGUGUGAGCUGCCGCCGUGUCACCUGGUGGGACCCUUGGAUGCUCAUCUCCUGAGCCCACUGAGGUUCUGCCCCUUGCUCCUUGUGCACCUGAUGUCUAACUUGUCUCCUGAAAAAUAUUUCUGGCCAAGCAUUUUCUUAGAACAUUUAUUAAUUGUGUCCUUUAGUAAUUACUGCCAUUUGUAUGUCAAGCUGUUUACCCAUGUCUGUAUCUGCCACUGAUUUUCUAACCAUUAGAGAUAUUGAAGCGAAGCAUAAAUAAAAGGCCAUGUGAAAUGUGCU